UUGAGGGAAAUACUUUCAGCAAAACGAAAACAGAUUUUCGAGUCAGUUUGUCGUUGACCACAGCUCCCAUCGGUGCACCCCCAUUGUUUACAUUCGGAAGAGGUUGUUGUCUAUAAGACUUUUUGCAACAACAAUGGCACUACCUUUGGCUAUUGCCCUCGCCGGUUUGAAAUUAGACGACUACGGUAGACUUGUGUCACAUUUGGCGGGUCAGGAUUCACCGGAGGCCAGAGCACCGUCUCCGAGCAACAGUGACUCCAGCGGUAUCUGCAGUCUUGCAACCUCCGCUACCCAGACGACCCCUUCAUCAACACCACUUUCUUCCAGACCGCAAACGCCGAACGAUGAUUCCUGUUCUAUCAGUUCUAAACAAUCCACAAUCAUCUCGAGCCCGAAGUUUAACUUGGCGGCCUUCAAGAGGAACCUGAAGAACACGCUUCCGGACAGACCCCCGGAAAUUCAAUUGACCGUGACGCCGGAUAAUGUACGUGGAAAGAGAGACGUCCACGACCUGAUGGGUAACAUAAGAGAUUCACGUUGGAAUUUGAGACAUCCCGAUGUGUACGACAGAAGUAUUCGGAAUUUUAUGGAGUACAGAUCAAUUUAUUCCCGAUUGGGAACGGAUGGGCUCACCGAGGAAUACCCAGUCAGAAGAUGCAAAGAUUGCAAUUUCCGUGAGCCCUCGCCAUUCUUGUGGGAUUAAAUUUGGUCUUUAAAGUCUAUUAACGACAAACUGUAGAUAGAGAGAGAAGGCGGCAGCCGGUACGUCAAACGGAUAUUGACAAUCAUACGAAAUGAGUGAUAAGAAGAAAUACGAAGACGAUGGUGUUGAUAAGGCAUCGAACAAUGUAAAAAUAGUGUUUGUUUCAUGAUAGCUUUUGUGGAAAAAUUUGUCAGACAUUUGUUAAUUUAAAUUUGUUGAAUUUGUUAGCGAAUUCUGGAGAAGUUCUGGCGAAAUUCAGAGGAAUUAUUCCCGAUUCCGUUGGAACGUUUGAUAGGAAAAUUCCACAGACUAAUAUUCAUUCGUAAAAUUUGAUCGAUUCUUCUUUAAGGAUCGAAUCUGAUCCUUUUAAUUUUUGCAUUCCACCGAUCCUUUUUUUCAGUUCGAAUUUUUCCUCAAUUUUUUCAGUCAAACAAAAUGAGAAAAAGGGGAAAAUUUGGAAAAUUAUUUAGCAUUUUGUAAAUAUUGAAACUCAGGGAUGAUUUUUUGUGCGAUAUUUUUUAUUGGAUAUUCAAGGGGAAUCGGGAAACUAUUUAAUAAUUUCGCCAGUAAUUCAAUGGAAUCGUAACGACGUUGAUUGAUGUUUCUGACCUAAUGAUAAUUAUGUACCUUGUUAAAUCCACUGACACUGUUUUUAUUAAUACCUGAAGAAGCUGAAGCCACUUGAUAUACUCCGUAUACCGGUUACGGGCUGCAGUAUUAUAAUUGUAAAUGAAGUCAUGUUGAUUCUAUUGUAUUUUGUGAAAAGACUGGUCAUUGUAUGUUACAUUUGCCUAUUUAAAUGUAGCGUCAUUUAUUAUACCUAAAGAGUACAAAACUGUGAUUUUUUUCAUGUGACCAUGGUCUAUUGAUCUUCAUAAGCAAUAAACGAUGAAUAAUUUUAGAUAGUAAAUGAUCAAUAAACGAUUGUUUUAUCGUAUCAGGAGAUCCUAUGAAA